AUGAUUAUAUCAAUUUGUAAAUCAAAGCAAGAAGAUCAACAUGUAAUUCAUGCUUUAUUUGGUGAUAGAACCCAAAAUGAUAUUGUUUAUUAUGGAUUUGUUGAUCUAGAUAAAUCUGAAUACAAUAUAAUAAAUACAUUAAAAGUUAAUGAUGUUGGAAAUCCUCGAAAACGAAAAUAUCAAAUUUUACCAUCAGCAUAUGAUCCUUCAAAUGAUAUUGUAUUUAUGUCAGCUAUAAAUGAUCAAAACAAAAUAAUAUUAAGUUUAAUUAAUGCUACAACUGGUAUUCUUUUACAUACAUUUGAUUCAAUUCCUAAUGAAAUUAUUUCUCUUCAAUAUGAUAUAUUCAAUAAAAAAUUAUUUGCACAUACUGAAACUAAUGAUAAAAAUUUAACACAAAUUGUAGAAAUCGAUACAAAUACUGGAAAUUUUAAAGAUAUUUUAGGACAAAUAUCUGGAGCUAGACCAACUGAUAUGUCAACUUAUUGUCCAAUAUGUAAAAAAUAUUUUCUUAUCAUGUUUGAAAAUAAUCACUAUACAUAUGUUGCUGUUAAUACUACCGAUGGUGGCGGAAUUAGUUGGAGAGUACCAUUAAAUUUUUCUCCUCUUAGUAUCAGAUUUACUUAUAAAACAUUUUUAAUGUAUUCUGUCUAUAUAAAUCGAACACAUGAAACAACUUCACAAAUUGGCAUAAUAGACAGAACAACAGGAAGUAUUGGAAAAGUAGUUGGAACUAUUUCUAAUCAAACCAAUUUAUUAGUUACUCGAUUGUCAGCAUUUGAUAUAGCUAAUAGUUUAUAUUAUACAUCAGAUAUAAUGAUUAGACCUUUUUCUAAUGGAAUAUCUUAUGUGAAUGUGAAUACAUCAGAAACGAAUAGAAUUUCUUUACCAAAAACCAACUACAACUUCUAUGCAUGGUUUAUUAAACAAUUUGUUCAAUAA